AUGCGAAUUCAUUCAAGAGAAAAGCUGACCACCUGUGAAACAUGCAACAAAUCAUUUGUCAGUACAGGUAACCUGAGAAAGCACAUGAGAACACAUACAAAUGAGAAACCAUACUCCUGCAGCACUUGUGGGAAAAGCUUCAGUGUGAGUUCAUAUUUAAAACAGCACAUGCUUAUUCACUCAGGAGAAAAGCUGUUCACCUGUGAAACAUGCGGCAAAUCUUUUUAUCAGGAAAGUAACCUGAAAACACACAUGAGAACACACACAGGUGAGAGACCAUACUCCUGUGGCACCUGUGGGAAAAGCUUUUAUCAGAAUAAACAUUUAAAAAUGCACAUGCUAAUUCAUUCAGGAGAAAAGCUGUUCACUUGUGAAACAUGCAACGAAUCUUUUGUCAGUACAGGUAACCUGAGAACGCACAUGAGAACACACGCAGGUGAGAAACCAUACACCUGUGGGACCUGUGGGAAAACCUUUGGGCAGACUUCAAAUUUAGAAAAGCACAUGCUAAUUCAUUCAAGAGAAAAGCUGUUCACCUGUGAAACAUGCAACAAAUCUUUUGUCAGUACAGGUAACCUGAGAACGCACAUGAGAACACACACAGGUGAGAGACCAUACUCCUGCAGCACUUGUGGGAAAAGCUUUAUUGUGAGUUCAUAUUUAAAACAGCACAUGCUUAUUCACUCAGGAGAAAAGCUGUUCACCUGUGAAACAUGCGGCAAAUCUUUUUACCAGGAAAGUAACCUGAAAACACACAUGAGAACACACACAGGUGAGAGACCAUACUCCUGUGGCACCUGUGGGAAAAGAUUUAGUUGGACUUCAAAUUUAAAAGAGCACAUGCUUAUUCACUCAGGAGAAAAGCUGUUCACCUGUGAAACCUGUGGCAAAUCUUUUUACAGUUCAGAUAAACUGAGAACGCACAUGAGAACACACAUGUGA